AUGCUCGGAACGAUUGAUGGUACGCAAGGAAUCCUAAUUGCCGAACGCGCCGCCUUCGCCACGGAAUCCCUCCAAGUCCUCCGUGCAUUCCAUGCAGCCAUCACGCGCGUCAACAACCUGGGCGACAAUGACAUCUACCGGUGGUACAUGGCGUCGUCCGGCUCGGACGCCGCGAGCGAGUCCUCCGCCGAUCUCAAGCUGAACCUCAUCUGGCCGUGCACGGAACAACACAUCAAGAAGUACUCCGAUCAGGUGCUCCGCAUGGUCACCGAGACCCCCGAGAUCUACCGCGACUACAUCCGGCCGUACAUGAGCGCCAAGCGGGAGGAGGGCCGGCUGAACUGGGUGUUUAAUAUCCUGGAGGGGCGCACGGAGCAGGAGGAUGUCAUCCUGCGAGAUGCGGGUCAUGGGCCUGAAGAUGGUUUCCUGAUGCUGCCGGAUCUGAACUGGGACCGGAAGACGAUGGGGUCGCUGCACCUUCUUGCUCUUGUGCAGCGGCGGGAUAUCUGGAGUCUGCGCGAUCUGAAGAAGAAGCAUAUUCCCUGGCUGCGGUAUCUGCGGCAGCGACUGCUCGAGGGGACUGUUCAUAUGUAUCCGGAUCUGGAGCAGGAUCAGCUCAAGCUCUAUGUUCAUUACCAACCGACAUACUACCAUUUCCACAUUCACGUGGUCAAUGUGAUGCUAGAGGCCGGCAGCACGCAGGCCACCGGGAAGGCGUUCGGACUAGAGAAUAUCAUUUCCCAGCUGGAGACACUCUCCGGCGACGAGAAUGCGAGCAUGGCCGACGUUGGGUUGACCUACUUCCUCGGCGAGGCCAGCGAGCUCUGGACCAACAUCUACGAGCCGCUCAAGCGGGGAGGAAAACCAUUGAACUAG